AUGUCUGCUCCUAGGAGUAAAGAUGGCCUAAAAGAAACGGAGCGUCCCUUAGUCAUCCGACAGCUGGAGUCGUCAUCGAUGAUUGAAAUACCAGUAUCAGUCCAAGGUAAGCAGAUCAACGCGAUUAUUGUCACUGCGUCAGAGGUUACUUUGAUCUCUGAUAGGGUGUAUCGGGCGUUAGAAACAAAACCCGGGAUAAAAGCAGAGUUUACCUUGCGCGGUGCUGGUAGAGAAAUGGAGAUGAUAGGGUAUUUACUUGAUACAACAAGUAUAGACAUUGAUAGCUUGGAGUUUAAGGAAAAUCUGUAUGUCGCACUUAUUGAGGAUGAUAUGCUGAUUGGACUAGACUUCAUGACUAAACAUAAGGCUACAUUGAAUAUGAAGGAGAACUCCUUUCAUAUUCAGGAUAAAGUGGUACCUUUUGAGCCAAAGACUGAGGCCUCUGUGCAUGCUGUCUCCACUGUUAGGAUCAGAACUGCCCGACGGGUUUCUGUACCUGCGAGAUCAGUACUCCAGUUACAGUGUGUCCCAGACCAACCCCUUGAGGACAAGCCAUACCUUAUACAGCCGGAGGUUAGAACCAUGUUUGCAUGUCGUGUUUGUAUCGAGGGUAAGCAGGUUCCAACAAUGGCUUUUAUCAACUUGUCUGACAGAAAAGUUACGCUUUUUAAGAAUCAACGAGUUGGUACGGCGUAUGAAGUAGAUGAGAUACUCCCCGAGGACGGAAAUAAACCAGAAGCCACCUUUCGUACCCUACAAACCUCAAUGAACGACAACUCGGAGAUCCCAGAACACCUACAGGAUCUAUACCAGCGGUCAUGCUUGGGACUUGACGAGUACCAACGUGCUGAAUUAAAACAGUUAUUGAUAAGUUAUGCCGAUGUGUUCUCGUCACAUGAGUUUGACAUAGGUAAUUUCAGAGCAAUAGAGCAUGCCAUCGACACGGGUGAUGCGCGCCCUAUUAAGCAGUGA